AUGUACCACCUACGUCGCUGCAUUCUCGCCCUAACACUGAGCUCCUACUUUGCGGUGGCCUUGACGUUGAGUGUUCUACCAGCGCAGCGGAUUACGCCGACCUCGGUAACAUGGAACAAAUGCCUAGAUCAGACUGAUGGUCUGGAUUGCGGGACGUUGGAAGUGCCAAUAGACUGGGACGACCCUUACGGACAUACAAUCCAUCUUCACAUGAGUCGACUGAGAUCCGUCAAAACGAUUCCGCUAGGAACACUGUUCUUCGACUCGGGAAACGUUGAUAGGCCAGGGAGCCUGCAAUGCACUGACGGUUCGACAUUCUACUACCGCUUCAGCCCGAGACUACGCUAUAACUUCAACAUCGUCUGCCUCGACCGUCGGGGCAUUGGAGGAUCCAAUCCCGUUAAUUGCGACGCGGCGCUCUGGAACGAGAUCGGGUCUUUCUUCCCCACGGACCAAGCGGGCUUCGAUACGCUGAACAGCUGGAGCCUGAAGUGGGCAGACAGCUGCUACGAACGCAGCGGCCUCGGCAUCGGUGUAACCGACGCCACCACGGCCGCCCUAGACUGGGAAGCGGUGCGCAUCGCGGAGGGCGAGUCGAACGGCGACAGCAUGAUGAACAUGUUUGCACAAGGGCACGCGACGAACAUCGCCACCCGGUACGCCGAGCUGUUCCCGGAGAAGGUGCGGGCCAUGGUGCUCGACUCGCCCAUCGACCACUCGCUGAACCAGAGCGAACUGCUGCGCACGGUCAGCCUGGCCAACGAAGAUGCCAUCCUCCGCUUUACGAAGUGGUGCACCAGGCACCCCCAGUGCCCCUGGCAGAAGCGCGGGCCGUUAAACCUCUUGGAGGGUCUGGUCGCUGCCCUCAAUCGCAGGCCGAAGCACGAACCCCUAUGCCUCCCUGAGCACCGCGGGGAUUUUCCGCAAGCAGGCAACUGUCGCACCAAGGUCAGCGGGCACCACAUCAUCGAGAACAUGGUGAGGCGGCUGGACGACCCGACCGACGAAGCCUACCAAGCGCUGGCGCAAGACCUAGCUGCGGCCCUUGACGGCUUCCCCGUGAACCUGUCGACCCCGAUUGCGGUCGGCUCGGACAGGCACUUCGCCAAUACCGCCACGCACUGCGCCGACUGGGGCACCGAUGUCAAGACCUUCGAGCAGCACCGCGCUCUGCAGGAACUCGCGCACGAAGCCGCCCCGCGUACCCUCGGCAGCGCAUCGGUCAUGAGGGCCAUCAGCAUGUGCAUGAACUGGCCCUAUCCCGCCCGGAACCCGCCGCGGCCGGUCGACGACAGCCGCGUCCGCCUCGUCCGGCAUCCGACUCUGAUCCUCGCCUCCGCAUACAACCCCUCGGCUCCCCUGUCUUGGGCACAGAGCUUGCACCGCCAGAUUCCCAAUUCCAAACUCAUCACCACGACCGGAAAGGGGAACCCGGCCCACCACUGGUCGCAGAGGGCCCAAGACAUCGUCGAGGAGUAUGUCGUGAAAUUGAAUAUCGAGAAUGUGGAGUUAAUUCCUUGA